AUGGCUACUAAAACAGCUUCCCCAAAGACCCAAAAACCUAAAGUUAAUAACUUUGUAUUGGUCUUAGAGCAGUUUCUAGAAAAGCAUAAUCUGACGGCUGACUCUAUCUCAGAACAAUUAAACAAACAUGCUCCCAAACUCGAUCAGAUAGAGGCUCUCUUACCAGAUAAGAGAAAAGGAAAACUUACCAUAGAGGAAAGGGCAAAAUAUUGUGCUAAAAUCAGUGAUGCUAUGGACAUUUUCACCUAUCAUUUAGAUUUAGACCCAAAAAAUGAUUAUGAAAAUAAAAUAGUCGCUAAUGUUUCUAAAAUUCCAUCUAAAGAAGAUCUUGCGGAUGUAAUUGUGAUGUUGAGUAUGAGACCUGCAAAAGUAAGAUCUCCUCAAAUUUUUCACUAUGAAUCAGAUCCUUUGAAUGCUCCAGUAUGGUAUAAAGAAGAAAAAAGCCUGAAAUGCAUCAGAGAAUUACUCACCUGGAUCCAAAAUGCAAUCAAAACAAAAAAGUUGCAUGAUCCUGUCUUUACAGAAAAUGAAACAUAUUAUGGAAGUAAACAUGCUUCCAGAAUUCAUGAUAAUAAGAAACCAACUCCCCAACAUCUUAAACUGCUUUCAAAAAUUGCAAUGAGGCAAGAAUCAGACCACCUUGAUGCAGGUGAUAAUUACGCUAUAGGCAAUACAGAAUCAGAAGAGUCUGACUCUGAACCAAAGACAACUGAAAUUGAUGCAAUGUUAGCUGAAAUUCAGAAAUAA